GCUGGGAGCGGAGCGACGUUCGUGGAGAAGAAGGACUGCCGGAGGAGCAGGAGGAGCAGGAGGGCAGACUGCGCGCGGAGAGGGAGCAGAGGAAGCAGCGCACGGCGGCGGCGACGGCGGCGGCGACGGCGGCGCGCUGCUCUCUCUCUCUCUCCACCUCGCGACUGCGGCUGCAGGCGCUCGCGCGCCGGAUACUCGUGUAUCUGCUCCGCUCGGCCGCUGCUCGUCUCUCUUGCCCAGUGAACGCGCGCUGGUCAACGGCUGCGCGCACGCACGCGCCGCUGCUGCCUCGAUCGUUCACCUUGCCGGUCGGUCCGCGCCCCGGCCGCCGCUCAGCGCCGUCUUCCGGCCGUUCCUCCGCGAGCGAGCCGCUCGCGGCGCGCGAAACAUGUGACCAGGUGCGGGCGAGCAGCGACGACGCACAGACCGAGCGAUGGCUCCGCUUCGCUGUGUCCUCCUGUGGCUGCUGCUCGGCCUGCCGUCGGCCUCGCUCGGCGGCGCGGCGGCUCACCAGCGGCAGCAGCAGCGGCAGCAGCAGCAGCAGCAGCAGCAGCAGCAGCACCGGAGCGGCCGGCACGGAGCGGUCCAGCGCCAUCCGCACGUCCGCCACGAGCACUCGUCCAGCCUGCCUCGCGACUCGCGCCACCACGCCGUGCACGGCAGCCCGGCCAGCGCGACUGCCGGCAGCCGCCGACUGGUGGACGCACUUGCGCUCGCGGCAAACGCCUCGGAAAGCGCCGCUCGCAGUGCCGCCGAGCACAAGCAGAGGCACAACUACGCCUUCUUUUAUCCGGCUGCAAGCGUUACCGCCACGCCACCGACUGGUCACGGCCUCCGUCAGUCUGGGAGACGGUUGUGCUCGAGUGUCAUCACGGAUACGACUUCCCGGGCGCUGGCGCACCACCAAGAGGAUCGCCAAGCAAGGCUCGUGUACACGGACGCGCAGGCCAGUAAGUUUUACUGUUGCCCCGGCUGGACGCAGGUAACCAGGUGGAGCUCCGGCUGCAACAAACCCGUGUGUCCAUUGCCUUGCCAGAACGGAGGAGUUUGCUCGUCGCCCGGUAGAUGCACCUGUCCCAAGGGUUUCACCGGCAACUAUUGCCAAACAGACGAGGACGAAUGCGUAACCGAGAAGCCAUGUGACCAAAUCUGCAGAAAUGUACCUGGUUCGUACGAGUGCUAUUGUAGAAAUGGAUACGUACUUCAAUCCGAUCGACAGUCAUGUCGGAAAAAUGGCAGCGAUGGCACAGCAUUUGAAGCCAGAGACUUGAUAGAUGACAUUGAAGAGGCCACGACACCUACGUCGAGUACAAGACGACCCAUACUGCAUGAUCCAGAACAAAAUGAUGUUAACAAUGUCGAGCGCGUAAAUAGUCAAGAAGAACUACUUCAAAGACUUAUAAAGUUAGAAAAGCAAAUAGCAAAAGGCUGGAAGAGAGAAAUCGAAACUAAUGAGAUUGCAACGAAAAUAUCGUCAGCUAUAGAUAGUAUUAAUGAAAUAAGAAAUAGUCUGCGAAACAUGCAAAUCAUGCAGCAAGACGUUUACGAGUUACAAAAUCAAGUCAAAUUGUACGAAUUUGAGACAAGAAGAAUUCAACAUUUGGCGAAUAAAGUUAUUGAUCUUGAAAACAGAAUAAGGUUAAGAUGUAGAUCUAACAUAUUUUUAAAUAACGGUAGUCCUUACUAGGGUAUUGCAAAGUGAU